ACCUCACGAAGACCGCACGCCAUUGUCUGGGCCAUUCCCCCUCUCCUCUCACCUCCAACCGUCCUAACACGCAGUCACCCCGCUCCCCUCAAUGUUCUCAUCCUCAUAAUCAAACACACGCAACCAUCACACCCGAACCCCCCAUGGAUCCCUCCGACGACCCCGUCGUCGCCUCCUACGACGUGUACCUCACCGACUCCGACAUCUCUCGCUACGUCCUCCAAUACCUCGACCGCCCGACCGGAUCCUCCUAUGACGACCGCCACGGUCAAAAGCCCUCCUCCUUCCGCCUGAAACCCAAGACCGGCCUCGUCGAAGUCGACGUCCCGAUUAACACGCGCGUCAACUACGAUGUUAGCAAGGGAUUGCGGUACGGCGAUGCCCUGAAGAAAAGCCGCAGUGCUCGCGAGGGCGGCGCAUAUGGUAUGGCGGGCGGAUUCAGUUCCGGGGGAGCUGGUGCGGGAGGCAAGGUGAAGAUGGAGGCUGGAGUGGAAGUGGAUACGAAGGGAGAGACAGCCUCCCUGUUACGAGUUCAGACACUUGGUGGGAGAAUUAAGGGUCCUGAGGAUGGAGACCCGGUUUAUAUGUUGGCGGCUUUUCGUGGACAGAAUUUGCAUCUUUCGCCCGUUUCGGCUGUUGUGCAAUUGCAUCCGCAGCUUCAUCAUUUGGAUGCGUUGGAUGAGAUCCCGACCAAGGGGAAGGGGAAAGCUAGGAAGGAGGGAGAGGAAGAUCGGCCCGGUGAGAGUGAGGCCAGGGCCAUCGAUGUGAAGAUUAAGGCCGCGGAGGAUGGAGAGGCGGCGCAGGUUGCGGGCAAUCUGGAGCUUUUGAAGAAAAUGCAGGAUGAGAAGUGGAAGGAUUAUGAGUGGGUUGAUGCUGAGACGGAGGAAUCGUGGCAAUUGUACGAGAACUACAUGAUGCAUCAGGAUGUGGAGGGUCUACCGCAGCUGCAGUCGGCGAUUGAUAGCGAGAGUUAUUUGGAUACGAUGAGCGCGCCUCGGAUUGAUCCUGCAAGGCCGGAGAUGACUGGCUGGGCGAUGAAACAGAACCGGAAGAAGCAACAGCAGGAAGAGGGGGGUGCUGCUGAGGAAAACACCGAGGAAGGUUGAUGCAGCUGAGUUGGCUUCGAAUACCAUACGCAGAAUUACGAAUUCCAAAUGACUUGCAUAU